AUGAACAACACGGGCGAGCCCAGGACCAAGAAUUUGAGGCUGACAUUCGACGAUUCGAUGUCCAUGACUUGGAAGAACAGCUCAUCGUCACUGAGACUGGGGAAUAAGGUGGUGGUGAGGAUCCAGUCCGAGGUGGCUCGAAUUGGUGCCGGAUCGGAGAUCGUCGUUACGAGUGGCGAUUUCGGUGAUUCCACGACGUACGAGUGGGGCGAGACGACGGUGAGGAGGUGGAGGAUGACGAGGGUUCACAGGGUGGCUGUGCCGCCGAUGAGCAAGGUGACGGUGAGGCUGUGGGGGACGGUGGGGACGUGUGAGGUUCCGUUCUCGUAUGUUCAGCGUGACGUUUUUGGUGACGGGGAGGUGGAAACUUAUGUGAGGGAUGACGGGUUCUAUUGCGGCACGAAUUGUUACGAUUUCGUGUAUGAAACACUAGAAGAGUCGCUAGGCUAG